UAAACACAAAUCAACGGUUGCUAAUAAUCUGUAACAGCUAACUAUAUGAAAUGGCAUUUAAACGGAGUUUACAUUUAAUAGAUGGAGAGGACUUAAGUUGUUAAGAAAACAAGGCGAGAUAGACAGUCCUAGUUUCCGCAAUGUUUUCAAUUAAAUCAUCUGAAGAGGAAUCCUCAGAGAUGGAGGACAUGGAUACCUCUGAGACCAACUGGUGCUGGUUCUACCUGGCUGAAUGUGGAGUAUGGCAUAUGUUUGAGAUUGAUCCCAGUGCUGCAUGUUCUGUAACAAGUGCUCAAAUUGAGCAGUGUUACAAUAGAAACCAGCGUGGAGUAAUGGAGUUCUAUACUGCCAAGUAUACCUACAGGCUGGAUUUUUCAGUUAUGAGACAAAUAAAUGUAACCACUGGGAAGCAAAGGCCAAUCAAACGCUCUCUCCAAUCUGCAACUGGAUUUCGGUUUAUAUGUGAUAAUCUUGCUCUGCCUGUUCCCUGUCACUGGGAACGAAUCAACACGGAUGAACCUUAUCAGCUCAUCCAACUUGGUCGAGACACAUAUGAAUUCAAAGAAGUAGCUCGACUUUAUGAACGAACUAUGGACCAUCCGAUCAAAUCUGUACAAAGAGUCCAAAAUCUCGACUUAUGGGAGUUUUUCUGCAGGAAGAAAACACAACUGCGAAAAGUGAAACGUACUCUGGAUAUUGAAGAGCGAAUGCUGUUUCAUGGCACAGGACACAGUAAUGUACAAGCAAUAUGUACCUUUAACUUUGACUGGCGACUAACUGGAAGUCAUGGAGAUGUCUAUGGUAAAGGAAGCUACUUUGCAAGAGAUGCGAAAUAUUCUAGUAAAUUCUGCCACACUACAAACAAACACAAUACCACCUUACAGAGACAUGGACUCACUCCACCAAUAUUUGCUAGUGAGCCUCCUUAUAAGACAAUGUUCCUGGCAAGGGUUCUAGUUGGAGAAUUCACUGUUGGACGUCCACUGUACUGCAGACCUCCCUCUAAGGAUGCAAGCUUUAUCAACUUUUAUGACAGCUGUGUGGAUGACUUGGCCAAUCCAAAGAUAUUUGUGAUAUUUGACAGCAAUCAAAUAUAUCCAGAAUAUAUUAUUGAAUUCUACUGACACUUAAACGAGAUUCUGUUCAUGAUGAUCCAUUUUGGGAAGAUUUUGACCAUUCAGAUGUGGGUCUAAAACAGGGGUCACCAACCUUUUUGCCCUAAUGUAGCUGUGGUUACAGUUGUAGCUUACCAUCACCAAGUGUGAAGUGAAUGGAUGAUUCAAUGUAAAGCACUUUGAUUCUUGAAAGCUGCUAUAUAAAUCCAAUGCAUUCCUUCACAAGUUGGAGGUUACAAUUACAUUAUUCUCAUUUUGAGCAAAUUAUUUAGCUAUUAAAUUGUAAGUAUUUAUUUGAUAUAUGACAUUUGUGUUUUUCUGUCAAUGUAUGUAUUUGGUGUAUGAAAACACAAACUUAUCGGGGCAUAAUUCUCUCAAACUCACAAUUUGGACCAGAGGACAUAUAUUUAAAAUAUUAAUUUUGGUUUGGUGACUUUAGCAGCUUGUAACUUUGUGGCCUACCACGGAGCAUUGAAAGAGCAUUUUUAUUUUGUAGGAUAAGUUCUUGUGUGCACCUGAGAAAGUUACACAGGAUACAAGGUUGGUGACCCCUAGGUAAAAGAGCCGUGUAUGCCUUAAGGGAAUAUUCAACAACUUGAAGAACAUCAAGGAGAGUGUGCAAUCACUCUGCCAGACAAUUGUUUAUUUAUAUUAUACAUGAUACAAAGCUGUCUUUGUGCCCCUGCAGUACUCAUGUCAUGUUAGCCGUGUUAGUCUGAAGAUUUUAAUGUGAGCAUUUUUAGAUUGGCCUUAAAAGUGGCACUAAGAGCUUUCCGCAACUCUGCACUGUGCAGCAUGUACCCGCUUCACUCAUUAGUGCUGUGGUUGUUUGUGGCUUAGUUAUUGAGUAUGGAAUAAUACUUUUGUAAUUAUUUCAAAUUACUUUUAACUGCCCUUUCUGUGAAAGGAUUUGUGUAUACUGUGUAUAUGUUGAUUUUUUUUUUUUUUUUUUUUUUUCAAUUUUGAUAAAGACAUGAACAUUCAACUCAAAUAUGACUCAAAUGUGUGACAAGAACAGAACACCGAUAAUAGGGAGACCACUUUCCUGUUGUGGGGUUGUUGACUCCUGGAGAUGUUAUUGGUUUGCCUAG